AUGGCAACCAGCGUUCACAUCGAACUUGAACGCCUUGGAAGGAGCCGUGCUACGAUAGCCGAUCAACGGGCAUACCUGGCGGACUUUUUUGGAUCUGCUAAUGACUUGGUUACGAUGGGAAUAAAUGGGAAUUAUGAAGGGAGAUUCUUUGGUGCGGUCAAUGUCAUGAAAAAUAUUGACGCAAAAGAAAAUUCUUCUCGCCUCAGAGCUGUUGUCCAAUACCUGAACUCUCAGUUUGCAAACACCAUGAACCAGAAGGGACAUAAGUAUUAUGUUCGCGACUGUGAUGGCCAGAGCGGAGACGAGUCAUCAGAUGAGGAGUCACCAGAGGAUGCUGUCAUUUCACCAGCAGGGAGAUCAUCGUCAGGAACUGUUGAGAAUCUCACUCGUAAAGAGGUUGUUAAACGAGUUGUCCAAGUCAUUGAACGCAGUCGCGGCCGUGAAAUUCCUGGGACAGCCAACCCGAUGUUAACAAAUCACUUGUUUUGGGAACAGUCUGCAGGAUGGAGGGCAAUUGCACAAGACCAUGCCAACAAAAUUGCCCUUAAAUGCAAGGAUUUCCUAGUCCAAGUUUUGGAGUAUACCGCAACUCCCGAGUUGAUGUCCCGGAUCAUGAACAUGACAGUGGUUCCGGCGCUCGAAGCUGCCCGCGAGGCUGCUUUGAAUGAGCUUGAGCGAAUCGACGAAGACAUGAAGAGACAUCCUAUCACGUACAACCACUACUUCACAGAUACCCUGCAGAAGAUUCGGACUCGACACUGGGCAACUGAAGUCCGGAAAAUAGCCAAUAAAUCAACAGUAAAUGUUUCUGAAAAAACCUUUACUAGUGGGCCCGGGUAUCAAAACAGGGAAUACAUCAAACCUGACAAAUUUCUAUCCAGUAUCGAUAGUAAGGUCAAGAAAAACAUGGAUAAGUUUGCUGCGGAACAAGCGCUUGAUACUCUCGACGCUUACUACAAGGUAUGUGCUUAA